AUGGCCGGACUUGAACAGAUUGAAGUUCACUCGCGGAACUAUCUUGUACGUUGGAUCAACGUCAAACAAGAAUAUACAAUCGGCUGGACCAUCCUUCCUCAGAAAAAGUCUAUCAACUUUGGCUUGUUCAAACACCCCGGGCCUCUGUCAAAUCUACAUUCCUCCUCAACUUCCCUCGCUCCUCCUUCUCCUAACCCCUCCGCUGUUGACGAGGACAAGCCAGAAAUCAAUUCCACCGCGAUAGAGAAGCUCACUGGGAUUGGCCUCAAACAAAUCAAGUGGGUGGGAAAAUGUGAAGCUGACAGGGUCACCCAUGGCAAACAUGAAGUACGCCUCGGAGAAGGUGGCAAUUACGCGCUUGUAUUCGACAACACCUUCUCGAAGAGCAUAUCAAAGACAGCGACCGUCUUUUUGCUCACCUAUCCCACCGCAUGCCAGACUCAGAUCCAAUUUGGCGCGCAACCACAGCAGGGCCAAUCUAUGGCCUCCGCCAUGGCCAUUGCUUCCGCUUCGGGACCUUUGUUCAGGAGAAGCCCAAAGUUGAGGGCCAAGGACAAAGAGUCGGUAGACUCUCUUCGACAGACGUCGACGAACCAGUCAGCCAAUGGAAGUAUUCCGCCUGUCGCAGAAGGGUUGAGGCUGGAUUCUUCUUCUAUUCAUACAGGUGUACUCCAGAAGCGCAGGCGUAAGAAACACCAGGGCUAUGCGCGGCGGUUCUUUUGUUUGGACUAUACCUCUUCUACACUAUCAUACUAUCGCGAUAGAAGCUCUUCUGCUCUAAGAGGUGCUAUACCCUUAUCAUUGGCUGCCAUAUCGGCGAACUCGAAGUCGCGCGAAAUAACCAUUGAUUCCGGAGCUGAAAUAUGGCAUCUCAAGGCCAAUAAUGAAGCAGACUUUGAGGCUUGGAAGCGGGCCUUGGAGACGGCCGCUCGAAUUAUGCUGCAGACUCACACUCCGGGUGAUAGACUGCAGAUUGACACCGGCAAGGAAGGCUCUGGUGAAGGCGCAAGCAACCUUGAUGACCGGGAAUGGAUUCGAUUAGAGACGUUGCUGAGCCGUAUCUCGGGUACGAGAGAUGCUGUUCGGAGACUUUGUCUGGACACAUUGGCGCAAAGCUUGCCUCCCCCUUCACCUCGAUUAGGGUCGACUUCUGCAGGUUCUACUCCGACGGAUGGGCCACCACUCGACGACUAUUUCAAGCAAGAUGACCGAAAGCCAUUCUGGAAGAGGAAGCCUAGCGCGGCUAACAGCCAAACAAACAUAUUCAAACGCAGUGUUUCUGCCCAGCUCGCCGUGCCCGCUCCCGGCAUCGAACCAGUCUUGCGAAGUGGCUUACCAUCUCCGCAAGCACUUCCCAAUGGUCACGGCAGACCCCAACUGCCCCACGAAGAAAGCAUGCAUGACCAUUGCAAGGCGGUGUUGCACGACCUGGAUUCGGUUGUGAGCGAAUUUUCUACCCUCAUCACAGAGACCAAGAUCCGGAGAACAACACCACCUAAGUCUGCCGUGUCUCGACUGAGUCUUCAAUCCGUGGAAUCUCAGGAAUAUUUCGACGCCGAGGACACUUCUCGCGUCCUCAAUGUUCAUUCCGAUACUGACCACGAGGCUACGGAUGAGGGUACUGGCGAGGAUGAGGAUUCAGCCACGAGUAGCGACAUUGGUGAAGAUUUGUUAGGAGUCGUAAAUUGGAAGUCUGGAAGUGUUUCGACAUUUCUCCCUCCCCAGUCGAAGACCUUGGCUCCUUUGCCGUUGCCGCCGGUACCGCGUCGAAGUCAGAUAGCACCGCCAACUAUCAUGCCGCCCAGUUUGAUCGGCUUUCUCCGGAAAAAUGUUGGGAAAGAUUUGUCGACGAUAUCGAUGCCAGUGUCUGCAAAUGAGCCUUUAUCACUGCUUCAGAGGGCGGCGGAGCAGCUAGAAUACUCUCAGCUUCUAGAUACUGCCGACAAGACGCACGAUGUCUUCGAACGAUUGAUGUACGUCACGGCUUUUGCCGUAUCAUCCUUGUCGAAUUCUCGCGUCAAGGAGAGAUCAAUACGAAAGCCUUUUAAUCCUAUGUUGGGCGAGACUUACGAAUUGAUCCGAGAAGAUCGAGGCUUCCGGUUUCUUGGAGAGAAGGUUUCACACCGCCCGGUGCAACUUGCAUUCCACGCCGAGUCAAGUCAAUGGACAUUUACCCAGUCCCCUCUGCCAUCACAAAAAUUCUGGGGCAAGUCGUCGGAGAUUAUCACCGAGGGCAAAGCGCGGCUAGUGCUUCAUAGUAGCGGCGACACUUAUAGCUGGUCUGCAGCCACAUGUUUCCUGCGCAACAUCAUUGCUGGAGAAAAGUACGUCGAGCCGGUUGGAAGUAUGACCAUCGUCAACGAAAGCUCAGGACACAAGGCGGUGGUAUCCUUCAAAGCUAAAGGCAUGUUUUCUGGUCGCAGUGAGGAUGUUGAGGUGCAGACCUUUGACGAACAUGGCCAGGACUUGGCCAUCGGACUCAGCGGGACCUGGACCAACGCGCUCCAACUCAAGGAGCCCGGCAAGGUCGCUCGGUCUACGAUUUGGUCCGUUGGGCCAUUAGUUGACAAUGCACCAAAGCAUUACGGAAUGACACUGUUUGCGGCCCAACUCAACGAGAUAACUAAACUCGAACAUGGAAAGCUACCGCCAACGGAUAGUCGACUCCGACCUGAUCAACAAGCCCUGGAACAAGGGGACCAUGAUAGUGCGGAGAGUUUGAAAAAUCAACUUGAGGAGGCACAAAGGGCCCGGCGCAGAGAGAUGGAGGGCAACGGUGAAUCCUGGGAAGCGCGAUGGUUUUCCAAAGUAGAACUUGGAGACGAAGUUGUUUGGAAAUUGAAGACUGGCAAAGAAGGCUACUGGGAAGAGCGAGCGCGGGAUGAGUGGACUGGAGUGACACCGGUGCUCGAAGUAGGACGAUGA